GAUCAUAAUAUACAGUGUUACAGAUUAAGUCUACCUAAAUCCGUUAAGAGGUGGUAGUAUCCAUCUUUCCUGACCGAUUUACAGGUUACCUCACAGACUAAGUCGACCUAAAUCCUUUAAGCCGUGGAUGUAACCACGAUUUCUGACCGAUUUGAUUAAGGAACCCCAUAUUCCAAACUUAACUGUUCUCAAGAUAUAUACAAAUUAAAAAUAUGGUAAAACCAGAAAAAAAUUGGAUACCAAACACAAAAAGGGGGCCAUCAACAAAAACCUGGAUUUUUUAUGAAAGAUACUCAAAGACCGAUAUGUUGGGAUCGCACAGUAUGUCGACUAGAACAUGCUAGCUGGACAAAAAUCGUUAUCAAACACUCGAAAACAAAGUGUCGUUUAACGUAAACAACACCAUAGAGACGCUAAUUCUAGGAAUUGUUUUCGUUUAACACAGUGGAUUUGUUUUGUUUGAAAUGUGUAAGUACCCUUUAUUGUGUAAAUCACAAAUGCACAUUUAUUCAGUUGCAAUUUAGCACUACGUUGAUUAACAUCUCCAAAGAAAUUUUGUGAUUGAAUCUAUUUUAUUAGUGAUGGAUUAUAUACUAGAAGGUAUGUAUAUUUUUAUUAUAUAUACAUGAUAAAGUAAUUUUAACUGUGUAAAUUUAUAAAAGAAACCUACCCUCAUACGUCUUUCAAGGCGUAAUUUUUCUAACUUUCAAAGGUUUGUUGGAGGGUAACUAAAAACCCCCAGUCUACCCCAGUUUACUUUUUUUUUCUAGAGGUAGCUACAUAUUUUAGCUUUUAAAUAAUGUAUAUUUUUUUACCCCGAACACAGUCCAACAUGGUUUUAUUUUUAUUUUUCAGAAGUUACAUACAAACUUACUCGUAUUGAAUUUUUUCAAGAGUGGGUCAAAUUAGAUAAAAAGGAUAAAAAUAAUUUAAUGCUAAGGUAUAUAAAGCAGAAAUGGAGCUUGGAGGAUGUUGUAGAUACAUCAGAAAAAGAAAUUAAAUUAUAAAUAUCAAGAUUUUCGGCAAAAUUAACUGAAAAAUGGAAUUCUUGUCGAUUCUAUAAAAAAAGGAUGUUGGAAAAAAAUAAGACGUGGCUGGAAGGUGCAGACUUAGAGUUUAAGGUUGCUUUUCACAGACCACAGGCUUCCACAUCGGCACCUCUUAAGCUACAUCCUGGAAGACCGCCAAUAGAUUUCGAAAAUGCUUCUGAGAAAACUAAAAAACGCUGCGUAGAAGACCUCGUUAGUGAGCGUAGCGCAAGUGAGCUAACGUUAGCUGCUGAGAUAGCUCAUAGAAAGGCAGGAUACAGGAAUGUAGCAAAAGCUAUUCGAAGUAGCAACAACCCAGCCAAGGGUAACCAAUCCACGUCGGAAUCUUGUGUUGGUGGCAGACAAUUAAGUAGUGAUGAAGCUUUAGCGUAUUAUAUAGACUCUAAGUGCACCACUCACUCUUACAAGCAGACAAGGAAAUGGUUGAAUAAAUUACCCGCAGAAGUUUUAGACAUGAUUAUCCCGCCUUCACAGCCACCAUUACAGGUACCAAGUAACCUUGAUCAUACUGAUGAAAAUUAUUUGAUACCUGAUUCAUCUGAAUCUGAAUGUGAGAGUGAUUAAUUAUAAAU